AUGGCUUCUGGAAGAAUAAUCAAGCUUGUGGUGUUUGAGCUUCUUGAGCUUGCUGCUUUCUCCAUACCCACGCUUGUGACUAUGGAGCAGUUUGCCGCUGCCUAUCAAAGUACAAGGACUAUAUACGAGAAAACGCAUUAUUGGCUGAUUGUUUCCUGUUCCAUUGCCUAUGUGGCUUCAGUGUGUCUGUUGAUUUGGGUACCCAUAAAAGUUCUCUUAUACAAGAAACCACACCUUUUCAGAAAAAUUAAAGGAUGGAGACCUGUUAUGAUGAUGUGUGUGGUACUCACCACACUUCCCAGCUUCAGCUUUUCAAUAGCCAUGACUGAGGUUCUAAAGAACGUUGGUUUCACUACUGUGUUACUUGACCCCUUACCUGACCUGCCAGUCUCUCUGGUUCUGACUUCCUUGAUCGUGGUUGAUAUUAUUGAAAAACUCAGGACAUAUCCUCUUAGAGGGAAGCAAAAGAGUAAUGAAGAUAGUUACAUCCAUACUACCACUUUGCAGCAAAUAACUGUGAUGGAUCAAGGGAGGGAAAAUGAAGGAAACGCUGCUACUUCUCAGUCCGCCAACAGGACAGGGGCAUCACGGCCGCCAGUAGCCAUGACACAGAGCCCUGCUCCGGAACUGGCAGGAUCCCAGGAACCCUCCUUCCAUUCGGGAAUCCUGAGAAUGAUGUCCCAGCAGGACGUUCGUGCAGAGAUCUUCCUGUGGAGCUUUCUGCUGUGGUCUGACACCGUGGAAAUGGUGCGUGUGGCUGGCCACCCAAAAGUGUACAAGUCGGGCUGGGUCUACCCAGUCUACAUAUUCAGUUUUAUUUCUCUCCUCCGAAUUAUAUUCACUCCCAAGAAUCCUCUUCUGAAUUCCUUGGGCAUCCUGCUCCAGGAUUUACCAUUUAUUUGUGUGAGACUUAGUUUAAUCAUUGCCCUGGGAACUAUCACACCGGUAUUGGGCCUUUGUAAAAAUGUGCUGGUGACGCUCUCUUAUGUUUACUUCAAUUACUUAACCAGGUACAGGGUUUUCUCUACCUUUGAAGUUUAA